GCGGGCGGCUCUGCGCCCAGACGGCGUCCUCGUCCUCGUCCUCGUCCUCGUCCUAGUCCUCGCCGAGGCCCGAGCUCGGGGCGCAUCCUCUGUCGCGCCCGAGCCUCCAGUCCCCGCAAGCUCUUCAUGCUGCCCGCCUGAAAGAAGACAUGGGCGCCGGAGACUGUAUCUGCAUUUCCAUGACCGGAGGGGCCCCCUGGGGCUUCCGACUGCAAGGUGGCCGGGAGCAGAAGCAGCCCUUACAAGUUGCCAAGAUUCGAAGCCAGAGCAAAGCCUCCGGGUCUGGACUAUGUGAGGGGGAUGAAGUUGUGUCUAUUAAUGGCAACCUGUGUGCAGACCUCACCUACCCAGAAGUCAUCAAACUCAUGGAGAGCAUUACAGACUCUCUCCAGAUGCUCAUCAAAAGACCAUCCAGUGACAUAAAUGAGGCUGUGGUCUCUGAAACUGAAAACACAAACGAUGAGCACCUCACAUGUGAGGGGUAUGUGGAAAGAACCACCCUGCAGAUUCGACCAGCCCCAGAGACCCAGUACAGAGAGUUCACCAUCACCCCAGCCAAGAGCGGAGCUCCUCUAGCUGAGGACCAAAGAAGUGGCUCCGAUUGUGCAGGGAAUAUAAAAGAAGCAGGCCCGAGCUAUCAAACGGUUCCCCAAACGCUCAACUCCCGAGAAGGAUCCUUGACAGAAGAGGUCAUCUUCAGAGAAAAGGCAGAAGCAGGGCGGCCAGGCGCUGUGGUGGAGCUGCAACUGUCUCUUUCCCAGCAGAGGCACAGGGACACCAGCGACCCUGCUGUGGCUGUCCUGGGAGCUGAAAAGCCUGCAUCUCCUGACCCUGACUCAGACCCUAGCUUUCAGCACCAGGGGGCUGUACUCAUAAAUUCUGCCCCUGCUGAUGAGAAGGCAGAGCCUGCUCUGAGGUCCAGCAAGACACUACAAGUCUCCAGCAGCAGAGAGCUGAGAGUGAUCCAAGGGAGUGGAGCAGCAGCCGCGGGGCUGCCUCGGGUGGAAGUGAUCCUCGACUGCUCUGACAAGCAGAAGACUGAAGGGUGCAGGCUUCAGGCAGGCAAGGGGUGUGUGGCUGCUCCAGGGGAAGGAGGGCAGUCCGAAGCACCUCCUUCUCUGGUCUCCUUUGCCGUCUCAUCAGAAGGCACAGAGCAGGGGGAAGAUCCACGCUGGGAAAAGGAUCACAGCAGACCACACAGGCACAGAGCGCGGCACGCACGGCUCAGGAGGAGCGAGAGCCUGUCAGAAAAGCAGGUGAAAGAAGCAAAAUCUAAAUGCAAAAGCAUUGCCCUCCUUCUCACCGAUGCCCCCAACCCCAACUCCAAGGGGGUGUUGAUGUUUAAGAAGCGCCGGCGGAGGGCCAGGAAGUACACCCUCGUCAGCUACGGUACUGGUGAGCUCGAACGAGAGGCAGACGAGGAGGAGGAGGAAGGCGACAAAGAGGAUACAUGUGAAGUGGCAUUUCUUGGCACAAGUGAGUCAGAAGUGGAUGAAGAGUUGCUGUCUGACGCGGACGACAACGCCCAAGUAGUGAACUUUGACUGGGAUUCUGGACUGGUGGACAUUGAGAGGAAACUGAGCAGAGAGGACAAGAUGGAGAUGUUGCCAGACACCACAGGAAAAGGAGCCCUCAUGUUUGCCAAGAGGAGGGAGAGGAUGGAUCAGAUCACAGCCCAGAAAGAAGAGGAGAGGGUGCUUGGAAUGCCAGGCAGAGAAGCAGACCUUGCCCAGACCGAUGGCCUGAGAACCACGACUUCUUACCAAAGGAAGGAAGAGGAAUCGGUGAGAACGCAGACCAGUGUGAGCAGAAGCUACAUCCAGAUGGGUCACAGUGCUGGCCAGGUGCCCCAGCAGAAUGGCUUCAGUGGAGGGUCCGAGGCAGCAGAGGCCCAGAGGCCGAUCCCUAUGAACAGAACAGCCAAGCCCUUCCCCGGGUCUGCAAACCAGCCAGCCCCUCCCUUCUCCCCGACCCACAACAUCCCAAGCCCCAUCUCUGACUUCCCUGCUCCUCCACCAUAUUCUGCGGUCACUCCUCCGCCCGAAGCCUUCUCCAGAGGGGUAUCGAGUCCCAUCGCUGGCCCAGCACAGCCCCCUCCGUGGCCGCAGCCUGCUCCCUGGUCCCAGCCAGCCUUUUACGAUGCAUCUGAGAGGAUAGCAUCCCGGGAUGAGAGGAUUGCAGUGCCAGCAAAAAGAACGGGGAUUCUGCAGGAAGCUAAAAGGAGAAGCACCACGAAACCCAUGUUCACAUUUAAGGAGCCCAAAGUAAGCCCAAAUCCUGAACUCUUGUCACUUCUUCAAAAUUCAGAAGGCAAACGGGGCACUGGAGCUGGUGGCGACUCCGGACCUGAAGAAGACUACCUCAGUUUAGGAGCAGAGGCUUGUAAUUUCAUGCAAAGUUCCUCUGCUAAGCAAAAGACCCCACCUCCUGUUGCUCCAAAACCUGCAGUCAAGUCCUCAUCCUCCCAACCAGUUGCCCCAGUUUCUCCAGUCUGGUCUCCAGGAGUGGCUGCCACCCAACCUCCUGUCUUUCCUGUAUCAAACCCAUCACAGGGCACGGUGGUGUCCUCCAUCAAAAUAGCCCAACCUUCUUGCCCUCCUGCCCGGCCUGCAAGCGCACUGAACCUGUCUGGUACCUUCAAAGGACACCAAGCAGCAGUAGCCAGUCAGAAUUACAGCCCCAAGCCAACAGCGCCCGCACCAGCAGUGAAUGCCACUCACACUGGAGCAAUGGGACCAUCCAAUGAGCUUCCCGGAAUGAGCGGGAAAGGAGCCCAGCUCUUUGCGAAGAGGCAGUCGAGAAUGGAGAAGUAUGUGGUGGAUUCCGACACUGUCCAGGCCCACGCUGCCCGUGCUCAGUCUCCCACUCCAUCCCUACCGGCCAGCUGGAAAUAUUCCUCCAAUGUCCGAGCACCUCCUCCUGUGGCCUACAAUCCCAUCCACUCUCCCUCCUACCCACUGGCUGCUGUCAAGUCUCAGUCAUCAGGCCCACAAGCCUCCAAAGUGAGCAAGAAAAAGGGCAAGAAACCCCUCAACACUUUGGAUGUCAUGAAGCACCAGCCGUAUCAGCUCAAUGCAUCCCUGUUUACUUUCCAACCUCCAGAUGCAAAGGAUGGCCUCCCCCCCAAGUCAGCAGUCAAGGUCAGUUCAGCCCCAGCGGUGAAACAAGCUCUUCCUUCCCGGCCAGUGAAUGCCACCUCACCCACGAAUGUGCAGGCUUCGUCUGUGUACUCGGUGCCGGCCUACACCUCUCAGCCCACCUUCUUUGCAGAGGCCACCUCCCCUGUCAGCGCAUCUCCCGUGCCUGUGAGCGUUCCCACCUCUCCAAAGCAAAAGCCUGCCUCGUCAUCUUAUUUUGUGGCACCAAGGCCGAAGUUCUCAGCCAAGAAAAGUGGUAUCACAAUCCAGGAGAGUGGGCGUUCCUUGUCUCUUCCCGGAAGACCAGUCCUACCCAUCAUGUCUUCAACAUCUCCUUGGGUGUACCAGCCUGCUUCUAAUUACCCCAGCAAACCAGCAGAUGGGCUGGAGAAAGCAAGCAGAAGACCAACACCGUGGGAAGCGGCAGCAAAGUCUCCCUUUGGUCUAGUGGAUGAUGCCUUCAGACCCAGGAACAUCCAAGAGUCCAUUGUGGCAAAUGUGGUCUCAGCAGCUCGGAGAAAGGUGCUUCGGGGGCCCCCAGAGGAUUGGAAUGAGAAACUGUCCUAUGUUCCUCAAACACAGAAGGCCAACAUGGACUCAUUUGAAAGGCAAGAGUAUCAUGUUACCUCUGUAGCCAAUAAUAGCAUGCCCACCAACUCUCAAUAUGGUUCACAGUUGCCAUAUGCAUAUCACAGGCAGGCUUCUAGAAAUGAUUCUGAAAUAAUGUCCUUGGAGACCAGGUCUGAUUACUGCCUUCCCGUAGCUGAUUGCAACUAUAACCCACACCCCAGGGGAUGGAGGCGCCAAACAUGAAAGUAAGAACUAAUUGUGUGACAACUAUGGUUUUUUUUACUGCUCCUUUGUAGACAUUUCUACCUUUCUAAUAGAUCUAGAUUCACUUUUGGUCUUGGCUGGUUCUCAUGGGUCAUGUGUCUGGGUCUAUGUGUGUAUUUAUGUGUAUGCACACACAAGCAUGAACAACUUCCUUAUCUGCAGAUGCAUAAAGUAUUUCUUUGAAGAAAAAAUUUAUUUUCUGCAUUGAUAGUCUGAUAUAUGUAAUUCAAAAUCUUAAUUCCAUUUAUAAGGGAUGGCUUAUGCAACCAAUCUAUGCUCAGUAAAAGUGAAACUAUUUGCCGUAUCCCAGGAGUAAAUUAAUAAAAUAUGUGUGUUAAUUAACAUUAGCUAUAAUAGCGAGGACUUUAACAUUAGAGACAUUUUUAAUGAGAAUAUGCCAAUAAGUAAUGGUUAUAUUAAAAAGUACUUCGUGGUGUUAAGUAUUUCUCUGAAACAGUUUUAAAGUUAACAACAUUCAGAUAUUUUUAAAUAACUGAAAUAUAAAAGUUCUUAGAAAGAAAUGUGGGAGAGUAAAAUUAUUAGACAUUUCAGAUGGACUUUUGCAGUAAAUGGUGUAAAGUGUGGGAAACAGAAAGAUUUACGUGCAGGGUUUAUUUCUAAUCUGUUUAAAGCCAGCAGACAGGAAUAGACUCUGGGUUCAGUUGUUCUUAUUCGUCAAAUGAGAAGAUCAGAGAAUCUAAUCUCUUAGACCCUUAACAACUCUGAUAUUCUGAGAUUCUCUCAUGAGUAGAAUGGGUUUUUAUGCAUUAUUCAUUUUAGUUGCUCAUCAUAUAAAUAUCAGAUUAAGUUUAGGGGUGGAUUAGAUAAUUAGUGUUAAUACACGCAUCAUUAAAGAUCCCAAAAGGAAUUUGUGGAUGACAGGAUUUGGGUUACGUGUUUGGGGAGUGAGGGUUGAUGUGAAGGAAAAAAAACUACUGAUGGAUUUAAGGAAGUGGUAAAUGAAUAUGCCUGCUAUUAUGCAACUGUAAGUCAUCACCAUUUCUUUGGUUCCCAAAACAUGCCACAGAAGCCUAUGCAACAAGUGGUACUUCUCUAGAAAUUUGCCAUGAGGAUGUUCAAAAGAAGUUAGACAGCUGCUUCACCCAUACCAUGACCCAGGCCUUAGCAGCAUGACCGUGAACCAUCACCUCACACACCUGCUCCUCCCCAUCACACCCACACAGUGUAAUGUACCAGGAAACCUGAGGUAGAGUACAUCAUAAGCAAGUACCUAGAAUAUUUUUAAAGUGUUCUUGAGUAUUCAGAACUUCCUUAGCUUUUUAGAUGUGAUAACUUUGCUUUGUUUUAGUUUUUCACUCUUGAACUUAUCAUGAUGGUCUCAUAUGAUGAUGGUCACUUUUACAUAAUAAAACUUAAAAAAGAAUGCCAGUGUAAAAAUGAUCCCUUACAUUGGAAAUAAAAAAAUAAAUUGAAGAAACACACAGUAAGUUGUAUCAGUGGUAGAACUUGCCAGAUACUAAUUUGUUCAUUUAUGCAGAAAAUAGAAGAUGAAUACUUUCUGAAGUUUUAUUGUUAUCUUAAACUGAUACAGUGUUAAUUCUCUCAAAGCAUAAUUAUUGGCUCCCAACAGUUUUUGAGGAAUUAAAAAAUAACAUCUGAUGUAGAUAUAUGGAUUAAUUUGUCAGCAAAUUUUCCAGACGGCCUACCACAAAAUCCUUACUUAAUUUAAAAUUAUUAUAGUGGCUGGAUCAUUCUGGAUUUGAGUGUUUUAAAAGAAGACGAGUUUAGCAGAAAAGACUUUACUUGCUCUGAACAUAUUCUAUUGUGUUGCUUUCUAAGUGCUAGGCUUUAUUUACAUCUAUUGAUAUACAUUAUAUUAUUUACUAAAAUUCACUACACUCAAAACAGAGAGAAGCAGAUUUUUUAAAACUGAGGUAUUAUAGCCUUCUCCCUCUUUGCUUGCACUACAGCAGAGUUAUCAUUUGUACUGAGCUCUCUAAAUUUAUUCUCAAGCUGGGCAUGGUGGCACACACCUGUAAUCCCAGCAAUGAGGAGGCUGAAGCAAGUGGAAUGCUGUAAGUUCGA